UUCACUCUCUCCUUGGCUCUUUGCCAGAGAUCGUUUCUCGUAUAAUCUCACCAUCGGUCGAUAGAUGGCGUCCUCCAGGAGCUCAUCUUGGGUCACAGUACUGGCUCUGCUCCUCUUCGUCGCUCUCGCGCACACCGCCAACGGCGCCGAUCCUCUCUCCGCCGGGUACUACGCAAUGACAUGCCCCAACGCGGAGCGCAUCGUGUCGUCCGUAAUGGCCAACAGGGUCGGCGGCGGGAGGAUGGCGUCUGCAGUACUCCGCCUCUUCUUCCAUGACUGCUUUGUCAACGGAUGUGAUGCCUCGGUUCUCCUCGACGGGCCCGAGAGCGAGAAGGAUGCCGAGCCGAACCUGUCCCUCACCGGCUUCACCGUGAUCGACGAGAUCAAGGCCGCCCUUGAGCGCGACUGCCCGGCCACCGUCUCCUGCGCCGACGUGCUCGCGCUCGCGUCCCGCGAUGCCGUCACCCAGCUCGGAGGUCCCACCUGGAACGUGCCCCUCGGUCGCAAGGACUCGCGCUUCGCCCCCAACAAGGGGUUCACCACGCAGCACCUCCCCAAGGCGAACGACAACCUCGGCAGCCUCAUCCAGAUGUUUGGGGACCUCGGCCUCGACGCCCGCGACCUGACCGCGCUCUCCGGCGCGCACACCGUCGGGAUGUCCAACUGCGAGAACUACAGAGAACGCAUCUACGGCACCAGCGACACUAAGUACAACAUCGACCCCUCCUUUGCCGAGACAAGGCGGCAGAUGUGCCCGCUGCAAGGCCCCUCCGGUGACGCCGGCAAGGCGCCGUUCGACAAGGAGACGCCCAGGACGUUCGACAAUGCUUACUACCGUGACCUUAUCGCGCAUCAGGGUCUCCUCAACUCCGACCAGGCUCUAUACAGCGGUAGCGGCCUGGACAGCCUUGUGGUGAUGUACGGUUCUGACAAUGAUGCUUUCGGGAGGGACUUUGCCAAGGCCAUGGUGAAGAUGGGGAAUAUAGCCCCGCCAAUGGGAAUGCCCACGGAGGUGAGACUCCACUGCUCCAAGGCCAACUAAUGACGGCUCCAUGCUAAAGAGGAUGCUUACCCAAUAUAUAUUGGAUUCAUUUAUCAAAUGUGCAGGUUGUAUCAAAUAUAAGUAAAUUAUACCUGUAUUAAGUUUUUUUUGCAUCUUAAUUUA